AUGUCGUUUAAAGGCUUUAUAAGCUGUAAUAGCAAAAUAUCAAAGGUGGAUAAAGACUUUUAUGACUUAAAGAACAAAGCAGCGGAGUUUUACAGAGCAAACGGAGUGCCGGAGAAACUAGAAACUGUUUUAAAUCAGAUGUUUUUGUCGAAGCCGAAUGAUGUUUAUGGAUAUCUGGCAAACUACUUUUCUAGCCUCUCACACACACCUGUGAUCAGUGCAGUAGUGGGCAGAGAGGUGUAUGAUGCCAGGGGAGAAGCAGCAUUGCAGGUGGAGGUUUACUGCAUCGUCAGGAAUGAAGAGAAGUUAGUCUGUAAUGCAGUGGUUUCUUGUGUGGAUGGAGAUGUCACUGGGGCAUGGAAUGCGGUUGCCAAUGGUAACCAUCAAGCAUCUGUAGAGGUAGCGUUGGAGUGGAUCAGAGAUCAGCUGAGCCCCAUGAUGCAUGGAUCUAACCCCACCCACCAAAUACACCUGGACCAACAACUCAGCGAUUUCUACAUGGCUCGUUACCUUGAAGACCAAGAUCGCCGUAACAGAGAAAAGAAAGCUGAGGAAGAAGAAACAACAACAUCUGACACCAACACCGCUCAAGCACCGGAUUCAAGCAAAGGCAAGAAGGAGGCACAGAAAGGUAAGAAAGGCAGCGCAUCAGAGAAGCCGCUCCCUCCUCCUGAGAAACCGGAGCCAAUGUUGCCAGGGGCGAUGGCAGUCGGUACUCUGUCUAUGGCAGUAGCCAAAUCUGCAGCGAGCCUCACAACUACCCCCCUAUACAAACACAUCCUCACUCUUAGAGACCAUCAGGCUGGAAGAGUGUUCCUGCCCAUGCCGCUCGUGUCCGUGUUGAGCUGUGGGAAAGCGUCAGCUGGAAAGCUCAACCUGCUAGAGGAGGUUAUCCUGCUGCCUACUGUACCACACAGAACCAGAGAGAUCAUCAGGAUGUGCCGUGAUGUGCAGAGAGAGAUAAGGAGGUUAGCUACAGCGGGGAAGUCAGAGUCUGUGUCAGUGGGGCUUUCAGAAGGUGGCGCUAUUCAGCUCGGGCUGGAACGCCCAGAACAAGCUCUCGAUCUGUUAAUGGAGGCGUGCACAAACCUGGGCCUGCCGAUCGGCACGGAGCUCCGGCUGGUGAUAAACUGCGCCGCUCAUGUACUCAUGGACUAUUCCAAAGGAAAGUAUGAAGUGAUGGUAGGGACUCUGAAGUCUCCAGAUGAGCUGGUGGAAAUGUUUGUGGGUUUGAUCAGUAAAUAUCCAGCUAUCGUUGCCCUUGUUGACGCCUUCAGGAAAGAGGAUGUGGAACAGUGGCAGAAGCUGAGCUCUCGUAUUGGCCAGUCUUGUUACUUAAUUGCAGAUGCAGCUUACAGGCCCUGUACAGGCCCAGCGUUCAAGCCCCGUCCCCCAGGAGUCACAUGGGUCACGCUUAGGCACAGAAGCGAGAUGACCCUUACUGACCUAAUCCAUGCUGUCACAGAGCAAACAGAGGAGGAGACCAUUCUAGCCAUGAGCUGUGAGGAGAUUGGUGAUGACUCCAUGAUAGAUGUGGCUGUAGGUCUGGGUGUAUCCUUCAUUAAGCUGGGUGGGCUGACUGGAGGUGGGAGGAUGAACAAGUACAACCGUUUACACAGGAUAGAGCAAGAGCUGGAGGAACAGGGCAUUCUGGCAGGUAUGCGAGAGGUGAAGUUGCCGUGUGAAAGCAGGCCUGAGCAGGAGUUAACACCAACAGAACAGGCGACAUGAUAAUGGACCACAUUCCAUCUUCAUCAGCACGUCAAAAAAAAACGGGUUUUCCCUGAAACGUUCAUGAACAUCUUUAAGAACUAAUGGGUU